UCUUGUAUAUACGUACGUAGAUAAGUGUAUUAAAAUCACCACAACAUUUAUUCCCGUAUACACACACUGACACAUCCAUCGUUAUGCAGAAAUACUCCGCCAGUAAAUAACAGUAAUAAAGCGCUUGCGCUCUCAAAAUAUAUAAAACUUUAUGCCAUCGUUACCGAAUUGUUAGUAAUGUUAUUUGUUUAAGUUUGUUGCGCUCAAAUAACUCGAAAUGAUUUAUUGCUGUUAUUUGUUUAAAGACUGCAAAACGCUCGAGCUAAAGCAUUUUCCUAGGAGGAGUAAGAGAGUUUAUACAAAGUUUGUAGGUGAAUAAAUGAGACAGCGUUCAAAUCACAACUUCAUGAACUGAGGCGGGUCCCGUACGGCAAAUAUAUUUAAUAAGUGGCAAGACUGGUGCAGCUCAGUUCCCUGGGAAUAUAUAUGUGCCUUCAUUUCUUGUGUGUAUUCAUGUAUAUGUUUGUGAAAACAGCGUUUAAUAAAUUAACUUAAUUUAAAUAUAAUGGCUGAUGAAUUUGAGAAGUUUGAACAAUCCAAAGAUUCUGAUGAUUCUUUGGACUCUGCAGCACCUGUAGAAUCUGAACAAACUGAAAAUUCUGAAAUAUCGAAAGAGAGUGAAGAAUCUGAAGAUGAAGAAAUAUUGGAUGUAAUUAUAUUUGGCGCGUCCAGCUCUGUUGGUAAAAGUGCGAUGGAGAGCGCGAUUGAAGUGUUGGAUGGUUUAACUUGGGGUAUUGCGGGGCUGGAAAUGAAAAAUUUGAAAAUGGCCUUGAGUGAAGUCGAAGAAAAAACUGGCAAAAACCUCAGCGACAUAUCGAUAUAUGAAGUUAAUGUCCAUGAUCCAAAUUCUGUAAGGGAAAUGGUACAAAACUGCAAGGUCCUCGUUAACUGUGUCGGCCCCUUUAUGUUCCUGGGUGAAUUUGUUGUGAAACAAUGUAUUCUCGCCGGCACACAUUAUGUGGACGUUAGUCAUGAGCCAAUUUUUACCGCUCUCAUGACCAUAAUAUACGACCAAUGGGCCAGGGAAAAGGGCGUUUAUGUGAUCCCUUCUUGUGGAUUCAUUGCAGUUGCAGCAGAAAUGGGUGUCGUAUUUGCGCAAAAGAUGUUUCCAGGCAUUAUAAAUUCCAUCGAGUCCUUUUGGGAGAAUAACGUUUAUUAUAAGGACAAAUCUUCGAAAGCUGUGCUGGCUACGGGCGCGUGGGACAGCUUUGUCUAUUCACUCAGAACCGCCAACGAUGCUUUCAUAUACCAAAUGGCGCUGAAACCUAAGGAUUAUCCUCAUUUGUUGCCACGAUGGGGAACGCGUCCGUUGCCACAUAAGAUUCCCCGGCUGGAGAGUAAUUUUGUGCCCUUCAAUGGGGGAGAUCGUAAUAUUGUUAUGAAUAGCCAACGCCUGUGGUUUAAAUAUGAGAGAAAACGACCAAUACAAUAUAAAAACUAUAUUGGAUUCAAAUCCAAAUUACAGGGCUACUUCGUACCACUUUUCUUGGCUUUCAUCUCCCUGUUAGCACAAUUCACUCGCACAACGAGAUUUCUAUUAAGUUAUGUGACAUUUUUUACUUUCGGAUUUAUAACCGCUAGCGGUCCCACCGAGCGCAAUAGGAAUUCUCAUCACUAUAAAAUAACAUUCAGGAGCAUAGGCUGGCACAAAACUGAAUGGAUCUCCAAGAAAAAGCCCGCUUUACAAAUGUGGACACAGGUAACUGGUUACAAUCCUUUCUAUGGUGCGAAUUGUGUCGCCGUGUUAACGUCAGCGAAAAUGAUUUUACAGGAGGAAAAUAAAAUUCCUGGGAGGGGCGGCGUGCUCUCACCAGGCUAUGCAUUCGCCAGAACCACUCUACUAGAUGAAUUGCAGAAGUACAAAAACGGUAUGAAAUUCGAAACGGUAUCUGUGAGAUGCAAGGAACGUGACUUCUUAGACGUCUAAGUUCGCUAAGCUUUGGUGAAAUAGCACAAUGUGUGGAUUAACUCAGGAAAUUAAAUUAUAAGCUGUUUUCAAUUGAAUCUUUAUACAUACAUACUCGUACUAUUAUAUAGGUACAUAUACGAAAAUGUUAUGUGCAAUUCAAAUGUGAAUUUAUGUUAAUAAAAUAAUCUCAAUUGCAUGUGA